AUGAAUGACACUAUUAAAAUAAAAUGCUUCCCAGCAAAAGAUGAAACAAGAUUAGAAAAUGUCGACUCUAAAGACGAUUCACACCUGAGAGACAUCAUACAGAAACUGAAUGAAGAUAUGGAUCUCCUGGUCUUUUGUUUGAAGAUGACUGAAGGACGCUUCUACAUAGACGACAAAAAGGUCAUGAAAAAGCUAACGGAAGCUUUCGGAAAGGAACUGUGGGAGCACACUGUCAUAGCUCUCACCUUCGCUAAUAGAGUGCAAGAUCCACGUGAGGGGGACGAAAACGUUUAUUUCAAGGAAGAGCUUGGACUUUGGCAAGAAGCAAUCGAUUCGUUUCUCAAAGACGAGCUGAAGAUUGGCCCCGAAAUCAUCCAAUCCCUGCGUAUACUGCCCACUGGAUAUCAUACCAGCAAGAGUCGUAAACUUGCCAACUGUGCAGACUGGCUACCUACAUUCUGGAUGGCUUGUUUCGACGCUUCAAAAAACAAAGGGGUCAUCAACUUGCUUAAGAUGAACAAGCGCCGAUUAAUAUACAAGAGGAGGAAACCCUCUGAUGGAAUCAACGAAGGCGGAGAAGAUCCUACACCCCCUAUUGGAGGUUACAUCCCGAUAAACGAAGAUCAAGAGCAGUCAGUUUUUAAAAGGGUAUGGGAUAUAUUGAAGCCAAUCCUGGGAGUUGUAGCUAACAUCGUUUUAGGUCCUUUUGUCGGUCAAAUGAUACGAUGGUUGCUCGGAUGAAAAGAAUAAACCGGUAGUGCCAAAGGAAAACUAGGGUGCCUCUCUUUCCCCACCCCCAAGGAAAUGGAAGGCUGACGAUAAGCAACUUGUGAGGAGCUGGGACAGGAAGAAGAGAGAAACUAAUUGUGGUUCCAUACAUACCACACAAUGUAUUCAAUCCUCUUUGAAUAAAUGCACGUACUAAUUCCUUUUGCCAGACUCCUAAAACUCAUUCACAGGAUACUAGUGCUUCACACGUUGUACAAAAUAAUCUUUAUCGUAAUGGUUAUCCUCAUUUCAUAUUGAAUAAUAAGAAGUAAAAUAUGUUACAAAUGAAAAAAUAGAACCUCGAUAAUGUACCACAUA